AUGAGCUCCGGACCGCCUCCAGGACAGUUCUGGCAGUACAACUGCAAGAACUACUUUGACAACAAUGACCCUUGCUAUAAUUACAACUACGUCGAGAACAGGUACUGUCAAGAGUGCACGGUUGCGGGCCGCAAGAUAAACGAGACAGACAAACGCAAGCAAAAGCAAUCGCCGAGGAAAUAA